AUGAACCUGCAAGGCCCACAGACAGAGUUGUUGCUAAGUACAAUGCAAGAACAAAACGUCCGUAUCAGUAGCAGUAGAAUAGCCGGGCUUGAGGUACUUGAUGUCAGUAGAGAGCACACUGUUCAACUUCAAGUAUGCUUCGAGAGAGACAGCAUUCCUGCCAAGAAGUCGCAGAUACCGAAGCCUGCAGUUGUGCAUCAGUGGCCCCAUCUGCAGUGUCUAGCUGACAAACUCAUGCCCUAUGACACAACCCUACAGAUCUCUCUUCUCAUCGGAAGCAAUUGCCCAAGAGUGUACAGACCCAGAGAAAUCAUUGAGGGUGGUGAGGACGACCCUUGCGGCCAGAGGUCAUUACUUGGCUGGGGAAGCAACCGACACUUCGUCUAUGGCUCAAAGGUCAAAGAAGUGCUAAAUCCAGAGAAUGUUCUGAAGGUGCGGGCAUCAGACUUUGUGGAAAAUCAUCAAGAGAAACCAUACUCAGUAGAAGAUGAAAAGUUUCUUAAUGUCAUGGAAAUUAGAAUCAAGAAAACUUCUGAUGGACACUAUCAAAUGUCGCUACCACUGAAGUCUAACGCUGCAACCCUGCCCAAUAACUGUCAGCUUGCUGUAAAGAGAUGGAACCGACUGUCAGCAAGGUUCAGGAGAAAUGGAAUGUUCCGUGACAACUACCAAGGGUUCAUGGAAGAUGUCAUCUCAAACUGUGCAGAGAGAGUUUCCCUGGACCAACUUGAUGUUGAGGAGGGAAGGGUGAACUAUGUGCCACACACCGGAGUCUGUCACCCAAAAAAGCCAGACAAGAUAAGAGUAGUAUUCGGGAAGGAGGAGGUGUCCUUCAUGGUUGAUGUGAAAGGUAUGUUCCAUCAGUUCUGUGUGGAAGAGAAGUUCUGUAACCUGCUGCGAUUCUUGUGGUGGGAAAAUGGUGACCCAGAGAAGCCAGUGGGUGACUACAGAAUGAAAGUUCAUUUGUUUGGAGCUGCAAGCUCACCAGGCUGCGCCAACUUUGGGCUGAAGAGGGCAGCAGAUGACAGAGAAGAUGAGUUCAGUACAGAGGCAGCGAACUUCAUCCGAAAUGACUUACAUGUAUAUGUGGACGAUGGAUUGAAGUCACUACCCACCGUUGAGAAAGCAGCAUCACUUAUCAAGGCAAGCCAGAAUCUGUGUGCAAACGCUGGGCUGAUGCUGCACAAGAUCAUCUCCAGCAAACAAGAGCUCUAA